UGACGAGUCCAGUGCAUUGUGACGUGUAGUGCCAGACGACUCUCCCCCCGCCGUGCUGCACGAUUCACGGAUCCGCGCGUUCGGGACGGACACGAGCCGGAGGAGGCAGCGAGGCCGACAGAGGGAGGGAGCCGCCGCCGCCGCACUGCUGGGAGAAGACUUAAUUCUGUGUAGUUUCACGUUUCUGCCAAAAUACACGUGGUAUUAGAGUGUGCUGGAGUUCUGGUUAGAAAUAAAGCAAUUCCACAACUUGCUGAGAAAAUUUCUGCUUGAUCACAAGGAAGAACGACACAGGGAAAAUCUGAGGUGCUUUUUUCUGCAAGUCAAGGUGUAGAUCAUACACCAGAAUAGAACAACAAAUCAAGUUUCACAAGAAACAGUCUUUUUAUUUUUCCAGUGCAAUUAAUCUUGGUUAUUUUUCAAGGAAAAAAUGAUGCAUGGUAUCCUGGGUUUUGAGAAAACAAAAUCAAUGCAAGAUAGUUCUCUUCAACCACCUGCUCGUUCAAGUUCUGUUUCUUCUGACUCCAGUGAAGCUGAAAACUACUUGUAUGAAAAUCCUGAGGAAAUUAAAACUUCCAAAGUUCCACAAAGCCAAUGCAAGAGAUGGGUGACAGAUAGAAAACAAACACAUAAGGAAAGUCAUGUUAGAUCAAACCUGUGCUCUGUUGAUAAACCCUCAUUAAGAAAGAAUGCAAGUAAAGUCACUGGGUUGAACAAACAACGACAUAAUAAAAGAUGGAAAAAGUCUUCAAAAGUUGGAGGUAGAAAAAAUACAGAUUUGAACAUAGCACCUGAGCCAAAGUUUAAGGAUCAUGGCCAGGAGUUCAAAGAAGAACCACAGUGGUAUACAGAGCCACUGUCAGACAAUGUAACCUGUAAUAAUUUAAGAAGUAAAUUAGAAACUGCUUACAAGAGUAGUUCAUUUGAUGCUGAGCUAUUAGAAAAGUUGCCAGCAUCCAUUCGGGAUCUGUGUAUUGAUGACGGUUGUCCUCAAGAUCAUCUCUGGACAGGUGCAUUUGUUGAUGGUCACUUUGUCGAUAUACCAACUUUACUUGAUAAAACAGAGCUCAGUGAGAUUUUAGAUUGUUCUAAAUCAAACUCUGAUUCUUUAGUUAAUCUUGAAAAGUCAGUGGAUCUCUUCUGUGAAGAAGAUGCUAAUCAAUCCGUGGUGGAUUCUUGUGGCUUUGAUUUCAAACAAGAAAAUGAAAUCCUUAACAUUGGAAGGAAAAAUGAAGAUCAAAUGCAGUCUCAAGGGGAACAUAAUGUAAUAUUAGAUGGAUUACCUUUGAAUAUCUGGGAGGAUGGCUCAACAGUGGGUGGACUAGAAAGGAGUUCUCCAUUGGCAAUAUCCAGUACAAACCAGCUUGGUUCUGAUCAUGUAAAAUUGUGGUUAUCGUCCACUACCAGUUCAUCUUUAAUUAAUAAGACAGGAAUUGAACCAUUUUGCAAAGACACUAUUCUUUUGUCAGACAAGGACGAUGGUUGGCCUGAUCGCUCAGAUGCCAGUGAAACAGAACCAUAUUUUUCAGUUAUAACAGAUCAGAAUGAUGCUUUAUUUUCUUGUGAAAGUAAUCAGCGAAGUGAGAAUCCUUCAUCACUAGAGUCUCAAACUUCAGUGUUAAAUGCCACCAAAGAUAAGGAUUCAAUUCAAAAGGAAUCUACUUUUUCAAAUAUAUUCAAAGAAGACUGUGGCUCUUGGUCAGUUUUGUGUAAAUCUAAUAAUAAAAUGUCCCCUUUCACUUUAAGAAAUAUUGAUUCAGUAACAUUUCCCAUUGAGUUAAAUGUAAACAUGACAACUGGCAUCCCAACUGCUUGUUCAGAGGAUGACCUACUUAGUUUGCUACCUGGCAGUGAGUAUCUACAGUUAGAUGACAGCUUUUUAAUUGAACUUCCAGUCAUGACUUCAAAAGAAAAAAUGGACGUCACAAAAUAUAAUAAUCAAGCAGACAAGAUUGAAACAGGAAAGUGGAAUCCAAUUUUUGGAAUUUGUCAUGAGAGCCUUUCUGAAAAGAAGGACAAUUUAAAUGCCAGAAUAAUUGAAGAGAUAUGGAAAGCUACACCAGAGGAAGAUAAAGCAGCACUUUCCCAAGAUGAGAUAAAUACUGACAAAUGCCAUAUUUGCACCUUAGGAAAAGAGACACCUAUGAAACAUGUGAAUAUUACAAAAUUUAAAUGCCCUCUCCAAACAUCAGAAAGUAAUUUUUGGGAGGAUGAACUAGGAAACACCCAAAUUUUGGAUUCUACAAAAGUUGACAUCACGAUGCACUGUUGUGAGUGGAAAACUAGUUCUGAUCAAACUGAUACUUUAGUUACAGAGAACAUUCAACAUUUAACGAGUAACACAAAACAAAGUGAAUUUUCAUCUUCUGAAAAUGCCUUUCUGAAACCUACAAUAACUCCUAGUACUUUGCAGCCCAGUAGCUUUACUGCAGAUUUAAAGUCCGUGAUAAAUUGUGAUUUUCAACAAAAUGGUAAUGAAGAAUCUAUAGAACAAAACAUAAUUAAUGACAUUUCUAUAGUCUUACCUGAAGACCUGUGGGGAAAUUUAAAUGAUUAUCUAAAUGACUUCACAGAGCCAAGUGAGAAUUCCUUCCUCCCCUUUGAGCUCAGUUGUACUGUUCCACAAAUGCUUAGUCUGACCAGUACAUUAGAAAUUGACAAUGGGAAGAUGAACCAACAACCCAGCACUAUAUCCCAAGUCAGUUCAGAUUUAAUAAUACCCAACAGUGAAAAAUUACAAAGUCCAGUACAUCAAGACCAUAUCAGCAUAGCUACACAGACCCUUUAUCCCACCUCAGAACAAUUAUUUACGAAAGAAGUGGUUCUUACACGAUUGCAGGACAAUCCUGUUCAAAACUCAGAAUGCAAUGUUUCCCAACAUCAGUGUGGUUCUGAAGUAAUGUCUCAUUCUAUUUCUGUGUUAAGUAAACAGAAAUCUAAAUGUAGCAGAAUUUCUAAACAAGACAUGCAGAGUCAUCAAAUGGAGUGUGAAGUGAAAUUCAGUAAAGAGGCUGAUGAAGAUAAAAGCAGUUUAAUACCAGUGGAUACUGAUGGAGAUAAACUGAAAAAUUUCCAGGGAAGGUUACAGGAAAGGCAUCCAGAACAUGGUGAUUCUAAGAUGCCUCAGCAAAUAGCAAAUCUUAAUGUUUGUGCUUCCAACUCAACAAUGAAAGUAGAAGAUGAUCUGCAGCAUUUAGAAAAUAACAAAGAUGAGCAUGAAAUGUGUCAGGAAAGUUCUUUUUUGAGCAGUCAUUUAGAGGUUUCUUCACCUGAAUCAGAAAAACACAAGGAAUAUCUCAGAGAAAACUGUUGCCCACUUCUUGAAGACCACCUUUCUACAAAAAAUACAGAUUGCUGCAGAAAUUCCAGUAUUACUGCAGCUUCAAUCGACGUUGAGUCCUCGCUACAUGAAGAACACAAAGAAAUGCUUACAAGAUGUAAUGAAACAGAUGUUAACCCAGAGGAUCCAAAAACAGAUCAGAAGUUCUUCAGAAGUGUGAAAGACUGUAAAACAUAGGGCUACAUUAGAAGAACUCUGGAUAGUUAUAUUAUAAUUUGGUUUAUCUUUUUCCCCAGCAGAAAGAACAGCUUCCAUUAAAGGGGCUGCCUAUUGAGGUCAAAGAAACACCUUGUAUUGUUCAGGGUUUCUGUGGUUUCGUACUGAAUCUGUAAAUGAUGCAGUUCUAAAUAGUGUGAUAUCUAUCACUGAAUGGGAAAAAAAUAGGACAGUUCACUUUGCUGCAUGCAGUACUUGUGAUUGUUUGGUCCGUCCAGAGUGGUUUUUUCUAUUCAAAAAGCUUU